UUUCUCUGGGUAAAACGUUAUAGCCGGGAUUCUCUCCCCCCCCACCACCCCCCGGCCUGAGCUGGCCGCAGGUCACGUAAUGGCGGGGAGGUCCCUUCAUUUUGCGUGUCUAUUUCAGUAUGUUACAGAGGGUGAGUGCGGCUUAACAAAUCACCAAAACCUGUUCUGUAACUUAUGGACCAACUCAGCCAUUUACACUGAGCUACUGCUUCGGUGGGGAUCACUGAGUACGACGGCAUGGAAAGGCUGGCGGACAGAAGUGGCCGCAUGUCCCUUUUCAGAGGUGUAGUUUUCAGUGCCCAUGGAUAGCACUAGAAAAGUCAGUUUGCAUAGGUUAGCUCCAAGUCACAUGGGGGUAGGGUAGUGCAAUUCUAGCAGCUGUAGUUCAAAACAGUUUUGCCUGUCAGGGGAAAAAGCUAUAUGUAAACAGUGUCUGUUGGUUCCUUUUGACCUGGGGAAAAAAUCUUGUAACUGUCACUUUUGGACUCAAAGGUAGCAGGAGCUGAGCUGUUAACACGUUAAGAGUAUGGGCAUCCAUGGAUUAAUGAGCUACGUGGGAGAGCAUAAGCAGUUCUUCACUGAUCUACAAUUAAGGAACACAAAAAUCAUCAUUGAUGGAAAUAAUUUGUUUCAUCGGCUUUAUUUUGAAUCAAAUCUAGACCUCCAACAUGGAGGGGAUUAUGAUUCUUUUACAGAUAUUGUGCACAAGUUUUUUGAAACUUUGUCUGUAUGCAAAAUAUACCCAUAUGUUGUGUUAGAUGGAGGGUGUGACUUGUCCGAUAAGAAGUUUGUGACAUUAAAGGAAAGAGCCAGGGAUAAGAUCCAGGUAGCAUAUUCCAUCUCUAGAGGUGGUGGUGGAAGCGUGCUACCCCUGCUCACAAGAGAGGUUUUCAAGCAAGUCUUGACCAAAUUGGAAGUACCUUUUGUCCAGUGCUUCUCAGAAGCAGAUAGGGAUAUUAUGUCAUUGGCUAAUCAUUGGAAUUGUCCAGUUUUAACUUUAGACAGUGACUUUUGUAUUUUUGAUUUGAAAGCUGGGUAUUGCCCUCUGAAUUACUUUCAGUGGAGAAACCUUUGUACCUGUGAAGGCACACUAGACUGCUACAUUCCAGCUCGAUGCUUCUCUUCAGAGAGACUGUGCAGCCACUUCAGUCAUAUGAACAAAGCCCUUCUUCCUCUCUUUGCUGUGAUGAAUGGUAAUGAUUACAUUAAUUUGCCAGCUCUGGAGACAUUCUUCAGCAAGGUGCGCCUGCCAGUUGGAGGCUCUGGCGGGAGGGGGAGGAAGCAUGUCCGCAUUCAGGGACUUCUAAACUGGUUAUCCCAUUUUGCUGAUCCCACAGAGGCCAUAGACAAUGUACUGAAAUAUCUUAAAAAGCAUGAGAGAGAAGAAAUAAGGGAGAUUCUGUGCUCUUCCAUGGAGGAAUAUGAACAGUCUGAUGUGAAGCUUGAGGAUUUUUUUCAGAAUGGAACCUAUGAGUCUCAGGUGAUCAGGAAAUUAGAGUUACCACAAUGGAUGCUUGAGGCUUUGGCAAAAGGUCAUUUGUCUCCAUUCAUUAGUGAUGCCCUUCUAUUAAGAAGAACAAUCCUUCAUGUCCAGGUGGAGAACAUGCAGAGGCCUAGUGCUCACACAGUCGCCCUACCCAUUCGUCAAGUCAUCUAUGGGCUACUUCUGAAUGCCUCUCAAAAUUCUGAAGUUAUUUCCCCAAGUAAGCAGUCCAGCAAGCUCCCAAUUGUCCGUGAAUUUGACAGAAUCCAAAAGACGCUUAAAAAAAUCUUUGUUCCAACAACAUUGCUGCCUCUGGAUUUUUGUGAAGACCAUUGCUGUUUGGCCACAUUAACUGAGGUGCCCAGAUCAGUUCGGCUAAAACUGCUGUUGGAGACGUUAGGAGUGAAAGCCAGCAUCCUACAACCCAUCCCCAGUCCCUUGUGGCUCCCUGUUGCUGUAACCUGCUACUGGACAUGUUACUCAGAACCCAAAGUGAAAUUGCAUCAUUUACAGGCAUUACUUCUAGGAAUGGUAUUUGGGGAAUUGCACAGGACAACAAGUAGCCCAGAUCCUGCGGUUUUCCAUGUCGAAGAUGAUAAAAUGGUCUAUGACCAGUUUCUAAAAUGGAAAGAAAAGAAUUUUCAGAAAUUACUGGAUUUAGACACAGCACACACUUUCUGCCAGUGGCAGUGCUGCCUCCAGAUGGGAUUGCAUCUCAACCAGCUACUCUCUACUCCUCUCAGUGAACCAGACUUAACUCGGCUUUAUUGUGGGACCUUUGUGCAUAGACUAUGCAAAGAGCUUAAAUCAGUACAUGCAGCAGAGAAUCAGCUUCUCUCAUCUCCAAAGAUGAGCCAGCUUUAUUGUGAUCUGCUCCAUGCAGUAAAGUCAACUGUACCUCCAGACUUCUUCCAGGAGACAACCAAGACCACCCAAUUCUGCAAGGUAAAGAACAAGCAAGCCACUAGUCAGGCAGAGACUACCAGACAGCAUGCUACAUUGGAAGCUCAGCCUUUGUGUGAUGUUAACAAUAGGUUUGCAUCACUAAUGGUGGAAGACUGAAACUAGCACAUACAUGACAUUCAAAUAAUUCUGCUUUGUGAAUGGAUCACAGUUACAAUGAAGUGGGUGAACUGCAUUGGAAUUUAACUGGCCCUUUUACAGUUUUUAGCAUGAAUCUUGCUACAGUGAUUUUUUUCUAUAAAUGUUAUAGGAUAUUGUGUCUGAACUUUCUAAAAAAUGUCAGUCUUUUGAUGUCAUUGAUACAACCGAAAAAACUAAAUUUGCAAUUUUAAAGUAAAGCAGUAAGAGGACAGUAGUCUCUCCACCCCUCCAACUACCAUUGCAAAAAAACAAAAAUCCACCAUCACAACUACAUACUACACAUGGAAAGCUAAUCACAAAUUUAAUUCUGCAGGGCCAGUGUCCACCAGUGAGAUUUUCAAAAGUUUCCAAGGGAGGAACAUGGGUGCCUGACUUCCAUUGAAAAUUGGGUCAUCUGCUGUGCGUAUAUAUUCUAGUUACUGAACUGUUGGGGAGGAAAAAAAACUGGAACUUAUCCUUUUCUUCUCCUGAGUUUCUCUUAAGAAACAGGUUUGGAUAGUCACUACCAAGCCUGAGUGCUACCACCUAAAGUAGACAAUUUUUUCUUCUGUCAAGGACAUUUGAUACCACUUGAGAAACUGUCAAGCAAGGGUCUUUUCCCGGAAGAUUCUAAAAAUAAAGGAAUGUUAAAACAAAGAUUUGUUUUAAAUAAAUUGUUUAUGCAUUUAG